CGCCGCCAUGUUGUGUGGUGGGGCGGGGGCGGCCCGGGGGCUGCCGUGAGGCGGGCGGAGGGCGAGUCGAGGCGGCGCGGGCGCUGCUGGCGCUGGGCAGGGGCGCUGUGCUGGGAAGAAGAGAAGGCGCCGGCUCGCUUCUGCGGAGGGAAUGGCGGAUGCCGUGAUCCGCAGUGGCGGCGAGAUGGAGCCGGAGCAGCAUCAGCGGAUGGAGAAGACCAGCGCGGGCGUCCUCGGAGCGGAGAGUAACAGAGCGGGAGCCGCUGAGGACAUCACUCAAAAUGGCGGACGCUCUGAGAGCGGUAGCGCUGGGGAGGCGCUGCUGGUGGCUGCUGUUGCUGCAGAGGACAAGGUCCCCACAAACCUCAGCAUCAGUAGCAGCAGCCAGCGCAGGAGCAGCAUCUCGACGGCAAAUGAACAGCAGCAGCAGCAGCCGCCCAGCGGUGUGCUCGGGGGGCCGCCCCCUCUCCCUAAGCCCUCAGAAGACCAGCAGCCUUUUAGGAAGAACUUUCAGAUCCCCAGGAAGAGCAGAGAAAAGAAAGCACUCUUUCAGCCAGUACUUCCAGGUUCUCGAGAAUUCGGGGAUAUUAUAACGAUUCUGCAUUCCUCCUACUUGGAUCCAAAUUCAGUGUCCAAUUUUAAAUACAGGAAAGCCAGCUUAGUUCAUAGUGAGCUGUUGGAAAAGGAAUUCACAGAAAAACGCAGGCAGCUGAAGGACGAGGGGCGCCUGGAGAAGGAGCUCUCGGAAAGCUACGCCUUCCUCAUGGUGGAUCGGUGCCAGAUCCCGAGCAUGUGUGAAAAGGGGCUGCAGGUUGGCCACUCCAAAAUCACAAUUCUCGGCAGCCCUUCCAUGGGUGUAUAUCUCUCCAAGUAUGCUGAUUUAUUGCAGCCUAAUCCUCUAGAAUCUGGAGUAACUGGAGAUGUGAUUGUUUUUAAAAUAAUAAAGGGAAAAAUGAAAAGCAUAUAUGACCACAUUGGUAAGAAGGCAAUGGAAUCAACUGUCAAGAGCGUGUUGGAUCCCACCCCAAAGCACGAGUGUCAUGUUUCAAAGAAUGCAGUUAAAGUCACCUCCUUGUUUGCUUACCGAGCCUACGAGCUCACUCAGUACUACUUUUAUGAAUAUAGCUUUGAUGAGAUCAGACGAAGACCAAGACAUGUUUGUCCUUAUGCUGUUGUUUCAUUUACUUAUAAAGAUGACAUGGUACAAGGACCAAAAUUUGUGCCCCCAUCAAGAGCAAGCACCUUCCACACAGAUAGAAGUACAGAGAAACCUAAUGUUACAUUGUGGAGGGGACAGCUUUGGAAUAAAGGCAAACUUGUGUGCCACGUUUCCCUAAAAUCAGCAUCACGACUUUUCCUUCCAUGCAAGCUUCCUGAGAAGCUUGAGGUUGAAAAAGUUGUAAGCAUUGAUCAGUUGAAGAAAAAAAUUUCACCAGCAUUGUUCUUGAAAGAAACUUACCAAGAAGGAAAAGAAGUGUGGAAGAGUGGCGUGUACUGUAGCCUGUAUGAAGUUGUGGAGAAGUCCCGUUCUGGGAGUCACUUAGAGGGUUUACUUCAAAAACUAGAGAAAGAGAAACUUGUCCUUGUGAAACCACUUGUGGACAGAGGAUUUCUUUUGCUUCUUUCUCCUUGGCACAUGAUGUCCCCUUAUGACCACCAGACUGGACGGUCCCGUGUGCUUCAUGCAUUGUUUCUGUUCCCAGAGUCUAGAGGUGUAAUUAACUCAGCACAAAAAAGUGUUUCAUAUGGAACACAGAAAAAUUCAAAUACCACGGUUCUGCACGAGAAAAAGGAAAUCGUUCCAGACUUCACAAAGUUGGUUCAGUCUCUGUAUUAUGCUUUAAUCCGGUCCCGUAAAUGCAGCGGUGUAGAUAUCAAUGUUGUCGUGGAAAAGAACAUGCAUGAGUACUUCAGAAAUCUCUACAGUGACCCUGGAAGAGGUAGAGAAUUUAUAUUUCAUGAGUACUCAACACGGCUGGAUGACAAAAGAUUUCUGCACCCUGCCCCAAGAUACAAAGGCCACAUUGACCCGUGCUUGCAGAGCUAUAUUUUCGGUGGGGAUGCCUAUCAGCUCCCUGUUUCCAGAGCUAAGGAACUGCUGGAUAGAAAUCGGAAGCCUCAGCGCUUCAGCCCCAUCUCAGAUUAUGAAGUUACAGAAGACUACUCUGACUUUGCCAAGGCAAAAUGCAGGAAAAGAAUACGUCCCAAACAUGAAGCCACUGCUGUCAAAAAAAAAGAGCCUCAUUUUGGAGACGAUGAUACUGAAAAACUCAAGGAACUUAUUAACUUGAUCCAGUCUAGGAAGAAAAAUGUAGGUGGAGAUUCUGAUUCUGAAGACCCCAGAAUUAGGAGUGGUCUGAAAAGAAAGCUGGAAAAACAAUCUGAAAAUUCACAGAAAUACCUAAAAAUGAGUGACUCUUCAGAGAAUAUUAGUCAGUGCGAAGGGGGCAGAACCUUGGAUUCACCACACUAUGUGUUCUCAAGGAAUUCUGACCACGGUGGCCACGAGGGUGACUUCAGGCAGGCGGAUGUGUCCGACGCUGCUGCCGACACGGAGGGGCUCAUCAAGGCGCUGCUGGAGACGCUGGCCUCUGCCGGCCACUGGGACACGGAGGGGCUCAUCAAAGCGCUGCUGGAGGCGCUGGCCUCUGCUGGCCACUGGGACACGGAGGGGCUCAUCAAGGCACUGCUGGAGAUGCUGGCCUCUGCUGGCCACUGGGACUCGGCGCUGGCACAGUCUGUCACUCAGGCCUUAGCAUUAGGCACUGAGGAAAUUGAAGAGGAUGUGAGAGAAAAAUAUGAGUAUGAAUCCAUUCCAGCUCAGGACAGAGAUGGUCGUGAGCUUCCUCACGCUGCUCAGGCUGACAAUGUUACCUUCAAGGACCCGCAGAGCCCGGCCCUGCUGGAAACUGACGUGCCGUGCCUGCCCUACCCUGUGGAUGUCAGUCUGCAGCUCCCACCCAACGAAGCACCCCUUGAGCACACACUACAUUUACAAGAAGCAAGCACUGGGAGUGCCUUUGAAGACUGCAGUCACUGUCCUAGUGCACCUAUAGAACAUGGCUAUCUCAGGCAACAUCUCUGCUCAAAUAAUCUAGGGGAAGUUGGAAUGCACUGGAAACUUAUCCCAAUUACAGGUCUGAAAUCACCAGAAGAGCCACUGGAAUAUUUGCCACCAACGGAUGCACUUCCUAAUGACCCCCGGGUAGUAAAUAGACAGAGAAAUUCUGAUUAUCAAUUGCCAUGCUCUCCAUUUUCAGACACACAGAAGGGGACAGCAGAAGAUGGACAUUACACAGGACAAGUGGAGAAACUUGAAGAUCAGUAUGAGCUAACAGAUCAACCUUUUACAGCUAAUCAUUCCAUUAGUGCAGUAAUAGAGACAACACUGUUAGAAGAAUAUAAGCUCUUUGCAAGAAAUAUUCAAGAAAUUUUGCAGCAAAAAAACAUUCCUUAUGUCAGUGACAUGUCCACACCAGUCCUUUCUGCCCAGGAGAGGAUAAUGAGACUUUCUGAGCACAUCUGUUUGCAGGCAUCAGAGAUUUCUGUCCAAGAAUACAUCGAGAGCCUGAAUGAGAAGCUGGACAGCGUCAUUUUGGCUUCUUCAUGCGUGAAGCAGACUCCCCCAGUUCACUGUGGUCCUGAAGCACUGGAGGUGCUGAGCAGCACUGCCCCCGGGCCCGUGUGCAGGGACAGCGGCACGGCUCCGGAGCCGCCCUGCCCUGACCUGGGGCAGGAGCUGCGCUCUCGUCAGCAGCCUGCAGCAAGCCUGCCCCUGGGGAAGGAGAAAACCAGUCACGGGAAUGCCAAACCAGAGGAUCAGACUUCUUCUGGUGGGGAUCUCAGGGAACCACCGGAAAAGACUCAGAAGUCCCCUAAGAACUUGAACAUUUCAAAUCAACCAGCUUUUUGUAAUUUAAUAAGCAAGUUAAAACCUGAAUUAUUUACUGGCUUGGUCCAAAUAAUGGAAAAUGUACAGAAAAACAGUCUCAAAUUUUAUAUUCAUCAAAAGGAGGAAAGUGUUCUCUGCAGAGAAAUCAAGGAAUAUCUUAGAAAUUUAGGGAACACAGAGUGCCAUCCAGAGGAGUUCCUUAAAAGAGGAGAUAAUUCAGAUAAACUGUUGAUCAUUAUUCAAAAUGAAGACAUUGCCAGUCUCAUCCAUAAGAUCCCUGGCCUGGUGACUCUGAAGAAGUUCCCCUGUGUCAGCUUUGCAGGGGUCGACAGUUUGAAUGAUGUGAAAAAUCGCACUUACCAUGACCUGUUUGUGUCUGGGGGUUUUGUUGUGUCAGAUGAAUCUGUCCUUAACCCAGAGUCCAUCACUACAGAUAAACUACAACAGUUCCUAACAUUUCUGGAGGAUCUCAAUACCCCAGAUGGGAAAUGGCAAUGGAAAGUCCACUGCAAAAUACAAAAAAAACUGAAAGAGCUGGGGAGGAUGAAUGCCAAUGCCCUGAACCUGCUCACCCUUCUGAACACCUAUCAAAAGAAGAACUUGGUUGAGAUUCUGUCUUACCAUAACUGUGAUUCUCAGACUCGAAAUGCUCCAGAACUUGACUGUCUCAUCAGGCUUCAAGCUCAAAACAUCCAACAGAGACACGUUGUCUUCCUAACAGAAAAGAAUCUGAAAACGCUCUCGAGUUACGCUGAUAAUGGCAUAGUGGUUGCUGCUGUUGAUGACUUUAUGCAUAACUUUAAAAGUCUCGUUGAGUUUCACAACUCUGUCACUGAGCAGAACCACCUUGCUCCCUGCAGUUCUGGCCAAAGACAAUCAGUUCUUGUAGAAAAGGAUGAGAAGGAUGAGGAGGACAUGUCUCUGGAUUCAGGGGAUGAAUUGUCAGAAAUAGAAAUCUGCAGUGGUGCCUCUAAGUAUGAUACUCAUGUGGAAGCUUUGCAGACAGAGGCCAAGGGCCCACAUGGAGUAGAUGCUAAAGAAGGCUGCUUAUCAGUUACAGAGUUACCUCCUGAAGCACAAGCUGGCCUUGGGGAAAAGACUUACAGAACUGACUUGGAAGAGAAGCAGACAGUUACUGCAGCUUCUGCAACACGCUCUGCUGAAGGAGAAAAACACAAUGCGGUUGAACAAACUCCUUUCAGUAACUUCCAGGUUUAUAGCAGACAAUUAAACAUGUUCCAUCAAUUCAGCCACUUUAAUGUCCUCACUCAUCAGACUUUUCUGGGAACAACAUACCCAAUUUCUCCUGCAAAUCAAAACCAAGAAGGGAGCAAUUAUUUUCUAUCUGCCUACAAUCAGAGCAUGGAUUCAGAAAAGUCAUCAUCACCUGGUGGCUGGGAUAGCUGCUGUGAUUCUUCCAGGCCAUAUUCAGAACAGAAAUGAACUCUUUAAGUCUCUUUUUCUAAGUUGCUGUGGACUUCUCUGUUUCUAAAAUGUUGGAUUAAUGAUUUCUAUUUUAUUCUGGAACAAAAUGUUUCUUGUUCUUGUUAUCUCAGAUGUUUUCAUGUUCUAUUUAAAUCCCUGGUGGCCUGUCCCUGUUGGAACCAUCUGAAAAUUGAAAUAAAUACAUAUAUUUUUUAACGUUUACUGUACUUGAAUUACCUUGUUUGUUGGCACUUUUAAGUUUCUACAUUUGUAUUUGACCUGUGACCUAAGCUUCACUUUGAGGUCUGUUUAAUGUAAAGCUGAAUGUUUGCCUAAAAUAUGUGAAAGAGCCAGUUGUUUGUUUUUUUUUUCUUAACCACAAGAGUAUCCGAGUCAUGUUUCUUUACAUAAAUAUUAAAAUUAAUGUAUUUAUUUGACAUGGACACAAAUUUUGUACAAUGUUUUUACAUAGCUCUAAGGCAGUGUACUUAUUUUCAUGACUAAAUACUGGAUUUUGGCUAAAUACCUCAAUUAGAGUAACCAAUGGUGCAGUUCCAUUACAAAAAAAAAAUCAAUAAAACUCUUAAUGCACAAGG